UGGGUCCUGGGCGUCGUGGCGCUGCUCUUGGUCACUGGCGCGGCCGCCGUCGGGGUCCGUUACUGGGAGUUGUGGCGGGCCCCCGCCUUGGCCAGUCCGGCGCCCACCCCGAUACAACGCGGGGGCCCCGAGCUGUCGCCCGACGACCCGCAGCAGCAGGGCUUUCCUGUUUUCGGGCAGCUGGUGGCCGAAGACGUUCUGCUGACCGACGGGCCCCUGGGCUGGUACAGCGACGCGGGCCUGGACGGCGUGCUCCUGUCGCCCGGCGUGAGCUACGAUAAGGACACGCGGCAGCUGCAGGUGACGGAGGCCGGCGUCUACUAUGUCUUCUUGCAAGCCGAGCUGCGACACGUGGCCGUCCUCCCAAGCGCCGGCGGGGGCUCGGUGUCCUUCGCGUUGCGCACGGCCGCCCCCGCCGCCGCCGCCGCCCCCGCGGGGCCCGCCGCUCUGACUUUGACCGUGCACCUGCCGCCCGGGUCCUCCGAGGCCCCGCACUCGGUUUCCGGCUUCCGAAGCCGCCUGCUGCACCUGGGCGCCGGCCAGCGCCUGGGCGUCCACCUGAGCGCCGGGCCCGAGGCGCCCCAGCACUGGCAGCUGGACCAGCGCGCCACCGUCGUGGGCCUCUUCCGGGUGGCCAGCGACGUCCCCGCCGGCCUCCGCUCGCCGAGGCCCACGUGACGCCCAGCCCGGGUGCUGCCCCCCUGGACAGAAUCCCCUUCCGUUAAUGGUGCUGGGCAGGGCCGCUCUACCUCAAGGGGCCGGGCGGGGGUCCCCGCUGCUAACACCUCCUCCAGGGCCCCCCACCCACCCCUGCCCCAGGUUGAACUCCUCCUAUUUAUUCUGAGCCUCAGCUCAGACCACGUAUUUUGUCUAUGUGUAUACAUAUAUAUUUUAAGAAAGUCCUCUGAGUUUGAAGAAAGGGCUUUCCCCCCCCCUCUUUUUUUUUUUUUUUUUAGAGAGGGGUCUCACGGUGUCUCCGAGGCUGGCCCAGGUGAUCCUCCAGCCUCAGCCUCCUGAGUAGCCAUAUUUAUACUUUAUAUUAAUUCAUAACGUUGCGUGUGUAUUUAUGGAUCACCUGCUACGAGCCGGCAUUUGUGUAGGUGCUAGGGAGAAAUCUGAAGGCAACGUAGACCCCCCCCCAGAUUGUAUUUAUGUUACUAUAAGGGAAACGUGUACGUCUGUACGGAGGGGGCUCUGUUCAUUCCUCCAACUGGUAUUUAUUGAGUAUCUGCUGUCUA